AGUCUUGUUCUAUGGUUUACGAUCUCAUCGUCUCAACAGAGCUUAACGGAGCAUUUUUCGUAAUCAAAGCUCCAAUCGAGUUAAGAAAUGGUGAAGUUCAUCAAACCGAACAAAGCUGUUGUCGUUCUUCAAGGCCGAUUUGCUGGCCGGAAAGCUGUGAUCGUCCGAAACUUCGAUGAAGGAACCCGCGACCGCCCCUACGGCCAUUGUUUGGUAGCAGGGAUGAAAAAGUACCCGAGCAAGGUCGUUCGCAAAGAUUCAAAGAAAAAGACAGACAAAAAAUCGAGAGUGAAGGCAUUCAUCAAGCUUGUGAAUUACCAGCACAUUAUGCCGACGAGGUACACGCUCGACGUUGAUCUCAAGGAUGUGGUUAAUGUGGAUUGCUUACAGUCCAAAGUGUCGAAGGUUGCGGCGUCGAAGGAGAUCAAAAAGAGACUGGAGGACAGGUUUAAGACCGGAAAGAACAGGUGGUUUUUCACCAAGCUUAGGUUCUGAGGGAAUCAUUUCAAGUUUUUGAGUUUUUUUUUCUUGGUUUUAAGUUUUGAGAAACGAUUUUUAUUAUGAUGAUGAAUGGCUUUGUUGAUUUUCUUUUAGCUCUAAAUGGGGAGAAAGGAGGAAGAAUGUAAUCCAAUGAUUUUGAAUCGUUCAAUAUCAUAUAAAUUUCUCAUAUUUGGAUACAGAUUCAUAACCGAUUGUUGAUGAA